AUGGGUCAGACUCUAUCGGAGCCCGUUGUCGAAAAGACCUCGGAAACGGGUGAGGAUGAGCGCCUCAUUUACGGUGUAUCGGCCAUGCAGGGCUGGCGCAUCAGCAUGGAAGAUGCCCAUACUACAGUGCUCGACCUCGACUCGGCCAAGUCUCACUCCAGCAAGCUGUCCUUCUUCGGCGUCUUCGACGGCCACGGUGGUGACAAGGUAGCGCUGUUUACUGGCCAGAACAUCCACAACAUCAUCUUCAAGCAGGAAACAUUCAAGUCCGGCGACUACGCCCAGGGUCUCAAGGACGGUUUCCUGGCAACUGACCGCGCCAUUCUCAACGACCCUAAGUACGAAGAAGAGGUUUCUGGUUGCACAGCCUGUGUCGGCUUGAUCGCCGGUAACAAGCUCUACGUUGUUAGUUCGCCCGCUACCUUGAUCUCCCAUACUGCUUCGCUGUUCCGCAAACAUUACCAAGGCAGGAGGACGGCCAAUGCUGGUGACUCAAGAGGAGUUCUUGGUAUCAAGGGCCGUGCCAAGCCCUUGUCUCAAGACCACAAGCCCCAACUUGAGAAUGAGAAGAACCGAAUCACAGCUGCUGGUGGUUUUGUUGACUUCGGCCGAGUGAAUGGCAACCUUGCCCUCUCGCGUGCUAUCGGUGAUUUUGAGUUCAAGAAGAGCGCUGAGUUGUCCCCCGAGAACCAAAUCGUUACAGCCUACCCCGAUGUUGAGCAACAUGACCUUACAGACGAGGAUGAGUUCCUAGUCCUUGCUUGCGACGGUAUCUGGGAUUGCCAGUCCUCCCAAGCCGUGGUCGAGUUUGUUCGACGAGGCAUCGCUGCCAAGCAGGAGCUCGACAAGAUUUGCGAGAACAUGAUGGACAACUGCCUGGCCUCCAACUCUGAGACCGGCGGCGUUGGCUGCGACAACAUGACCAUGCUCAUCAUCGGUUUCCUUAACGGAAAAUCGAAGGACGAGUGGUACGAGGAGAUUGCCCGCCGGGUCGCUAACGGCGACGGGCCAUGCGCUCCCCCCGAGUACGCCGAAUUCCGAGGACCUGGAGUCCACCAUAAUUUCGAGGAUAGCGACAGUGGCUAUGAGAUGGAUCCUGAAAACAAAGGACGAAGCUUUGGAGUUGGUGGGUACCGAGGCCGGAUCAUUUUCCUCGGCGAUGGCACUGAGGUUCUUACGGAUUCAGAUGAUACAGAGAUGUUCGACAACGCCGACGAAGACAAGGACCUCGCCAGCCAGGUCUCCAAGAACCCGACGUCCGCCGAGAAGGGCACUGCUCCCGUAGCCGCCCCCGCUUCCGAGAACGCUUCCGCCGAUACGAAACCCGCCGACGCGACAGUUACGAAGACUGCCGAUAAGGACGCAGCAGAGGAGGUUAAGAAGGAGGAGAUCAAGAAGGAAUAG